AUGGAUGCUGCUGUGAUUCCGGCCCCGAGUGUAGUUUCUGAUAUAGUUCCGAAGAAGAAAACAAAGAAUGUGUCUAAAUUUCAAAAAGCUGUGCGCCGAAUCAAGAACUCGAGUUUCACAAAGUUCAUCACCGGCUUUAUCAACAAAACUGUUCAAUACAGCUGGACUUAUGGUCAUAUCGCGGGACGUCUUUUAUGGGUAUUUGGAUGCUAUACAAUUAUAGUUGCAUUACCACUAGCGAUGGAAAUUGAUAGAGAGCAAACACUCAUGGAGAUUCAGUACCAUGAGAGAGAACGAAUGAUGCGUACAAAGGUAUAACGGGAUGGGGUUCUUUAUCAUUUAUUUUAUUACUAUUUCUUUACAUGUC